CGGUUCAUUUUCUCUCUCUUCCUUCCCUCCAAACCUAUACAUCGAAGCUAAAUAUGUCACAACUCGUGAACAACCAACAUUCCUUCAUUUGGACCAGAAAGUUAGAGAGAGAAACGAAGUUGGGGGUUUUCAGAACCCUAGAAGAUCAGUCCGCCAUUGUCCUUAGGCUGCUGGUGCAACAAAAGGAGCCAGGAUGGUCACUGGGGGCUUUGUUGUGGACUUGAACAAGCCACUCGUUUCCCAGGUUGGCCAUCUUGGAGAAGCUUAUGAGGAAUGGGUUCACCGGCCUAUUGUCACCAAGGAAAGCCCUCGAUUUUUUGCAAGUGAUGUUCUGGAGUUCUUGACCCUCACAGUAUGGUGGGCAGUUCCACUCAUUUGGCUGCCAGUUGUGUGCUGGUUUGUUUCUACUGCUGUCCAGAUGGGGUUUCCUUCUCGUCAGGUAGCAGUAACAAUGGUUUGUGGCAUCUUUGUGUGGACAUUGUUGGAAUACUCCUUGCACCGCUUUCUUUUUCAUAUCAAAACAAAAACUUAUUGGGGAAACACCAUGCAUUAUCUUCUUCACGGGUGCCAUCAUAAGCACCCUAUGGAUGGACUACGGCUUGUCUUCCCCCCUGCUGCAACUCUUAUUCUACUGAUGGCAUUCUGGAGCCUAGUUAAGCUUUUGACACCUCCGUCCGUUGCCCGUGCUUUCGUUGGAGGUGGCUUGUUGGGAUACAUAAUGUAUGAUUGCACUCAUUACUACCUGCACCAUGGGAAGCCAACCAAAGGAAUAUCUUCUAAUCUAAAGAGAUCCCACAUGAACCAUCAUUUCAGAAUUCAGGACAAGGGAUUCGGGAUUACUUCUUCGUUUUGGGACAAGGUCUUCGGAACACUCCCUCCAACAAACCCCGCCGAGAAAAGUAGAUAAUUCAACUGGAGCAGAAGGGAAAAUUGUUCAUGAAAGUUUUAAUGUGAUGGAGAUUUCCCCAAAUGAAGGAAGCCUGGCUUGCCAAUACACCUUCUGCUAUAAGCUGUCAAUUCUUUUUACUCUUUCUGUAACUAUAUUAAUAUCUUUUUCUAGCAACUACUCUCAGUUAAACAGGUUGCUAGGGGUUUUUUAUUAUUUUUUUUUAUUAUUAUUAUUAUUUUUUUUAAUAGAGUCGUAUGAUAAAUUUAUCUUUUUCAAAUUAUUAUGUAAUACGAGAGGUUCUCAGUUUUUUUGGCGAUUGCUUGAUGAUCA